AAUCAAGUCAAUAGAAACUGAAGUGGAUGUAGGCGCUUAGAGCUGUGACGUCACUUUCUACAUUGAGCCAGUAGUAGAGGAGAGUCAGUGGAGAUAGAUAGAGGAGCGCCGUAGUAAAGUACACACCGUCAUGAACUUCUCCCUCUAAAACUUCAACCUUGUUGCUCUAGAAGUCGGAGAGAGGACGAGAUUACAUUUUUUUGUUGUUGUUCGACAAACGGAAAUUGCUCUUUAUUCGCUUUCUUUUUGCGGGGGAGUUCGGGAGGAAAGAAAAAAAACAAGAGAGAGCGGGGGAAGAAGGCAACAUUUUGGGUUUCUUUUCGGGGGGUCGACGACGAGCGCUAUGUCGUCCGCGGCGGUCGCUGCUUCUUCCAGGAGGCAGUCGUGUUAUUUAUGCGACUUGCCCCGCAUGCCUUGGGCCAUGAUCUGGGAUUUUACCGAGCCCGUCUGCAGGGGAUGUGUCAACUACGAAGGAGCAGACCGCAUUGAGUUUGUCAUCGAGACGGCCCGACAGCUUAAAAGGGCUCACGGUUUUCAGGAGGGCAGGUCUCCCGGGCCGGGGAAGUCGCAGCUCUCCGGGAAGGAGAUCCAGGCGAUCAACCACGCUGCGGGGGGAGAUCCGGGCUCCCGGCCGCCGCAGCCUCUGGACCGCUACCCUCUGUCCGACCGCCCGCCCAGGCUGGGUCCAGAGUAUCAGCCUAGAGGGCAGACAAACGGCAUCCAGCUCCCUAAUGGAUUUCCUAAGCCUGACGAGCCACCAGAGCUGAACCGCCAGAGCCCCAACCCGCGCAGGAAUAACACGGUGCCCCCGAAUUUAGUGCCUUUGCCUAACGGGGGCUUGACCCCGGGGCAUGCCGUCAACGGCAGGGGCCAGAUGGGGCUUUCCUCCACUCUGGCUGGCGGUAGUCCCGCCGACAUGGGCAAGAGACCCGCCUCGGUCUCCAGCACCGAGCACGACAGAGAGCUGAAGGACAAGCACAGACCCGACAGUCUCACGCCGGAGAUCUCGGAGAGCCACAAAAACAGGGCAGACCCGGACUGGAUGGGCAAAGGCAAAACGGUGAGGGACCUGAUGGCUCUGCACACCACGUUCGAGACCCGGUACAAGAAGGACCAUGUGCCCAUGCCACAAAGGGCUAUGGUCUAUGAGCCCAGCCCCACUCUUUCCAAGUCAGACAGAGGAAAACAUCCCCGGGGGAGCAACAAGAGAAAAGCAUCACCUGAACCGGAGGGAGAGGUGACAGCUGCCAAGCUCAACGGAGAGGGACAGCAGUGGUUACCACCACCUACUGACGGACUGAAAAUGCCUCCAGUUCCCCCGCCAAGCUUCGCCUCUCCCCCUUCCACAAUAUCCCCUCACUCCCGCACCACCCCACCAGAGGCAGCUCAGAAUGGUCAGUCCCCCAUGGCGGCGCUCAUCAUGGCUGCAGACAACGCAGGUGGGAACAGCUCUCCCAAGGACGCCAACCAAGUCCACUCCACCACCCGGAGGAACAGCAGCAGCCCCCUGUCGCCGUCCUCCAUUAAUCAGAGGAGGCUGGCGCAGAGAGAGGCGCCGAGUGCAGGCACCCCCCAUGUGCCAGGCAUGGACCAAGUGCACCCCCCACAAAGCAUUCCGGACUCCUCUGUACCCAGCAGCAUACCUCUGUGCUGCACGCUGUGCCACGAGCGUUUGGAGGACACACACUUUGUUCAGUGCCCGUCUGUGCCCUCUCACAAGUUCUGCUUCCCAUGCUCAAGGGAAAGCAUAAAGCAGCAAGGCGCCACGGGUGAAGUGUACUGUCCAAGUGGAGAGAAAUGCCCCCUGGUUGGCUCGAACGUACCAUGGGCUUUCAUGCAAGGAGAAAUCGCCACCAUCCUUGCAGGAGAUGUCAAAGUAAAAAAGGAGAGGGACCCUUGAUUUUUUUUCUUUUUUUUUUUGUCUGAACACUUCUUUGGGGAGGGGAAGCAAAAAAAAUAUGAGUAUAAAUAUAUAAAUAUCACAUACAUACCAUUCAAACAAACUAACGGACUUGUACAUAUUGGACCCAAGGGAAGAGUAUACUUCGUAAAACAUGGUUGUAUAAUUUUUGAUUUUUGAAUACAUUGUGUUUCUAUAUUUUUGAAGAUAAAGGUAUGUACUCAUUAUAAUGAACUACGUUCCUCUUUGUUGAUGUUUAACAAAAAAUUCUUGAUGUACUUCUAGGUCUGGUGGCAGUUCCUGUUUAACGUAGAAUGUGACUAAUGCUACUCUACGAGCACUUGGCAAAACUAAAAAUGCUUUUAGCUGUACUUGUAUGCACUUGUUUAAAAAUUGCCAAAUACAAUUUCUGAUCUUGUAUGAACA